CUGGCUUUCAGAUGACACCCGGUUGCUUUUGCCGUUGCACAGUUUUCCUAAUUUGGCACGCCAUUGUGGAAAAUAGUUACUUUCACGUUACGGUGUGGCCAUUUAGAGCUAGCCUAUCUGGUUUAUUUAUCCCAAGUUUAUCGGCAAUAACAACAUUCCAGUAAUCUACCCCAUAAUGGCUACAGACUCCUGGGCACAGGCAGUGGACGAACAAGAGGCCGCAGCUGAAUCGAUCAGUAGUCUUCGCAUAAAAGACAAACCAGAGGAAAAUGGGACGGUCUUAAACGCUACAGACUCGAGCAGCGUUGCUGCAAAACCAGAACCCGAAGGAGACUGCAAACCUACAGAUGAAGAUGAUAAAGAUGACAAAGCAGCACAGUCACUGUUGAACAAGCUGAUCCGGAAUAAUCUUGUUAAUACAACAAAUCAAGUCGAAGUUCUUCAGAAGGACCCAAACUCUCCCCUUUACUCUGUGAAGUCUUUUGAAGAAUUACGACUCAAGCCACAGCUGCUACAGGGUGUCUAUGCCAUGGGAUUCAAUAGGCCGUCAAAGAUCCAGGAAACGGCCUUACCCAUGAUGCUGGCUGAGCCUCCACAGAAUCUGAUCGCCCAGUCACAGUCAGGAACAGGAAAAACAGCUGCCUUUGUCCUGGCCAUGCUCAGUCAUGUUGACCCCAACAACCAUUUUCCUCAGUGCCUGUGUGUGUCACCAACCUACGAACUAGCCCUUCAGACUGGUAAAGUGAUCGAGCAGAUGGGCAAAUAUUAUCCCGAAGUCAAACUUGUCUACGCCAUUAGAGGACAGAAGUUGCAGCGGGGCACGAAACUGCAGGAGCAGAUCGUCAUCGGCACUCCUGGUACCAUGUUGGACUGGUGCGGUAAAUUCAAAUUUAUAGACCCAAAGAAAAUCCGAGUGUUUGUGCUGGACGAGGCCGACGUGAUGAUCGCCACACAGGGUCACCAGGAUCAGAGUAUUAGAAUCCAGAGGAUGCUGCCCAAAAACUGCCAGAUGUUGCUGUUCUCGGCUACGUUUGAAGAGAGUGUUUGGAACUUUGCCCAGCGCAUUGUGCCUGAUCCAAACAUCAUCAAGCUGAAGAGAGAGGAAGAGACGCUAGACACCAUCAAACAGUACUAUGUGUUGUGUAACUGCAAGGAGGAGAAGUUCCAGGCUCUGUGCAACAUCUACGGUGCCAUCACCAUCGCCCAGGCCAUGAUCUUCUGCCAUACAAGGAAAACUGCAGGCUGGCUCGCGGGGGAGCUGUCCAGAGAAGGUCACCAGGUCGCUCUGCUCAGUGGAGAGAUGCAGGUGGAGCAGAGGGCUGCUGUCAUCGAACGCUUCAGAGACGGAAAGGAGAAAGUCCUGGUCACUACAAACGUUUGUGCUCGGGGUAUCGAUGUGGAGCAAGUUUCUGUGGUGAUCAAUUUUGACCUGCCUGUUGACAAAGAUGGUAACCCUGACAACGAGACAUACCUGCACAGGAUUGGACGUACAGGCCGGUUUGGGAAAAGAGGACUGGCCAUCAACAUGGUGGACAGCAAGAUGAGCAUGAACAUCCUCAACAGGAUCCAAGAGCAUUUCAGUAAGAAGAUUGAAAGACUAGACACAGAUGAUCUGGAUGAAAUAGAGAAAAUUGCCGGCUAAAGGAGACGCCUGUCAGAGGAAGCUGGCCCCCCUCCCCUCGUUCUCCACGGACUCUACGCUUCUAAAAUGUUUUAUGGGUUUUUUUGCUGUCAGGGAAAAGAGCAAAACCACAAAUUCACACACAGUGUAUGUUUACAUGUGGACAUGUCUCCUCUCAGACACGCUUUUCUUUUAAAUCUCUGGAACAUACCCGGUUUCACUCUUUGUACGUUUCUACGUGAGAUAGUGUUGCUCGUAGAAGCAAAGAUAUUUAUUUGAAUACUUGAGUAUUUUUUAAAACUAUUUUCAUUGCUGGCUGUAGUUGUGACAAAUUCUCAAAAACUUCUUACAGGGGAAAAUAACUAGUGCCACAAUGGGUUUAAUUAAGUAAAACUGAAUGUAACAUAGCCUAUAUUGGGCUUUUUUCCAAACACGGGUACAAAGAGUGAAAGUUAGGUAUGUUGCUCUGAGUCGUAGGUAAAAAUAGUUUCCAAGAUGGUGAUGUUAGCGUUUAAGGGUCUAUGCAAACUUAUCAGCCUGUGAUAGCUAUUAUCUAAUAUCAACCUGUAUUCACUUAAUAUAAAUUAAGUACUCCAAAAAUAACCUCGUCUUUAGCGUCAGGGUGAGUAGUCACAUGCCAAAAGAAAAAAAAAAAGACUGCCUAGAGUGAUGCCAACUCCCAAGUCAUGGUUACACGUUUCCUUCAUCUGACAACCUCACAUCACACACAUCUAUAUCAUCUAAAAUCCAACAUGGCCACUAUCAGCAACAAGCCUCCUUUUGUUCUUUCAGACUCAAAAUCUCAUUUUAACUAAGUAUGAGCCGCUCGGUCUGACGUUUGUCCCAUAAAACUUCUCCAACUCCAUUCUUCACCCAGACGUUCUUUUAAAUGGAUUGUGAGUUACUAAAAUGCCUUCCUCAAGUGCAUUAUGUAUACAUAUGAUUUUGAUAUGAACAUUCUGAGAGAUUGGGCUUAAUAUUCUGACUAACACUUGAAAUUCUGAUGACAUAAUGAAACAUGGGCGCCUUUAGGUUGUGUGAAUUACCUGUUUGAUACCAAAUGCUGAAUUGACCUGAGGACCUAUGCUAAUCAGACUCAUGCUAAUCAGACUCACUGUGGUCGCAUGAAUAGAUUACAUGUACUUGUGUACAUAUUUAAAAAUGUUACGUUGCAGAAAAAUGUGUCUGAAUUACUGAUUUUUGCCACUUCUAAGAAGUGAAGGGAAAAAAAACAUUCCUCAUGAGGUUCGAUACUGACAGAUGCAGUACUUUAGAAUAAAGGCGCCUAAACCAGUUUGGGGGACUGGGGAAAAAGGUUACGUCAGACAUUUUGAUCAGGACACUGGAGAUUUGGGAAGUGGUCAGUGCAAACCUGCAACACACCUCGCGUCUCCCAGCAGCACAGCUACUGGUUUCUCUGGUUUUACUGGACUGUUUCUGGACCUCCACCUGAAACAACUCACUGAACAGAUGCAGCCAAAUGAAAGGAAGUGACCUGAACAUACAGAAGACUUUGGAGGGGGAAGCGGUGUAUGCAGUUUUAUUAGGACACUGAUGUAUACAGAAUGGAUGUGUGUGUGUCCACUUUGUUGAUCCAUAAUGUGAUGCCUCUGCGUGAGAGACGUGGACUCAGCAGCUUAGGCUAUAGAACAACACCUGUCCCCUCUUAGCACACACCUCGUCUGCCAGGUUAAUGUUUCUGUCAGGAGGGUCGGUUCACAGCGUGAGGUUGUCCAGCUGAGCUGUGUUCAUGGACACAUGCAUUCUUAAUAUGUUGAAAUAAAUGAACACAUAGA